AUGUGGCGCAUUCAGUUGAAAGCAAAAGCCAAAGAAGUGGCAACAACAACCCAGAAGCUAAAGAAAAAAACCAACGAGCCAGCGACAAAAGCGCCUAUAACGACAACGACAACAACAACAGCAACAACAAUAGGAAAGAAAACUUUAACCUCGAGCGCGGCUUUGUCGCUGUUUGAUCAGCUGAAAAACGGCGUCAAUUUGAACAGUUUGACAGUUGGCGGCGCCACAGAAACAACAAAAGCAACAGCGGCAACAGCAGCAGCGGCAACAACUGCCGCUGCAACAACAGCAACGGCUGCAACGUUGGCACCACCCGCUACACCACCGCCAAAUAUUGACUUAAAGCCACCGCCAAAGCCGCUCAAGGCAUCGACGGCAUCGCGCACAUUUAACACGCCCAUUUUGCUGCCGCCCACAAGCAGCAUUGGCAUCGUGCACGGCACCAAACGAGGCAGGGACAACGGCAACUUCAACGGCAACGACAACGACAACUGUGCAGCGCCUGCAACAUUGUCGCAUUGUCGGACUGCAGCAGCGGCAGCUGCCAAAUUGGAUAUCAACGCAUUGCGAUCUCAGCUCUAUCAGGGCGCCAGAAAGACUGCAACAACAACAAAACCAACAACAACUGCAAUAGCAGCAACAUCAACGAAGCGAGCAACUACAACAACAUCAACAACAGCAGCAGCAACAACAACAACAACAACUACAGCAGCAGCAGCAGCUCGAGGAGAUCGAGGAGGAAUCCGAGCGAGUGCGAAUGGGAAUAGCACAAAGAAACGCUGCCUGGAUCGUUACGAUUCAUCAGAGUCAUCAGACAGGUAUGUGGAACAUUCUUUAAUUCAAUUAAAAGUAUAAGUUUGGCUAUUGAAA